AUGGCUAAGGCUUAUAGGAAAGACGAUUUUGACUACCUAAUGGGAAAGAUUGAAAAAACUGAUCCGAGAGUGAAAAAAUAUCUACAAGAAGCUGGAUAUGAAAAGUGGAGUAGGUGUCAUUCACCAAUAAACAGAGGUCGGAUGAUGACUUCGAAUUUUUCUGAGAGUAUAAAUGGGGUGAAGGAGUCCCCACCUUACAUAUACUCAGUUUAUGAAUCUGGGCAAAGAUACAUUGUUAAUCUUGAAAGUGGCUCUUGCAACUGUGGGAGGUUCCAAAUAGAUCAAAUAUCUUAUCCUCACGCUAUUGCCGUGUUGAAUACUAAAUAUGUAAAAGAUUUUGGUCCAUAUUGUUCAGAAUACUACAAACCAACAACUUUGGUGAAGGCAUAUGAAGUUUUAAUCAUUCUAAUGUCAAAUAAAAAAGACUGGGAUGUUUCUACUAGUGUAGAUGAGGAAGAAGUGCUGCCCCCGAUAUACAAAAGACUUUCAGGAAAAUCAAAGAAAGGGAGGAAGAAAAAAUCCAGCGAAACACUUUCAUUAAGCACAAAUCGUUGCAGAUGUUGCAGACAUGAAUGGCACAAUAGGCGUUCCUGCAAUUUCUUCCCAAAGGAGAACUAA